AUGCAGCAGCGCCUGCUGGACUGCCUGGAGGCCGUCAGCUACCUGGCCGUGGACGACACCAACAGGGCCGCGCUGGUCGCGAUGGGGGCGCCGCACCUCCUGGCCGCCAAGUUUACACGCUGCGCAGCGGCUGCUGAUGCAGCCGGCGCCGGCGCCGACGCUCAGGAUGGGCCGCCUCUCAAGGGCGGCGCCGGCGCAGCGCUCGGUCCUGCGUCCCAGGCGGUUGGGGCGGCGGCGCUGCGGGCGCUGGUGGCGCUGCUGCGCAGCGACGCAUUGAAGCUCGAGUUCUGGGCCGGUGUGGGCGGCGCGGCGCUGCUGGCGCUGCUGCGCGGGCCCCUGGGUGCACGCGUCGGCGACCUCGCGGCCGCGGCCUUUGCUGCCGCCGAAGCGCUGGCGUUUGGCGCUGGCACUGGCGCGACGCGGCGCAGCUCCGGUUCGGCCGCGCCUGCACACCUUGGCGGCGGUAUCUUCUGCAGCGGCUUCAGCGGGGCCGGCAGCGGCAGCUUUUGCGCCCUGAGUGGGGGCGUCAGCGGCGCCGGCUGCCAGGGUGGCGCACCACAGCUGCUGGAGCCGCGCCUGCUGGAGGCACUGGCGGCGAGCUGUGCGCUGCACCCCUGCUCCGGCGCAGCUGCGGCGACGCCCGCGCUGCGGCUGCUCCUCCUGGGGCGACAGCGGGGCACGCAGGCUGCGGGCGAGUGCGAAUGUUGCGGCGAGCCGGCACCGCAGGAUGGGGCGGGCGCGCGCGAUGCAUGGCGCUGCGUCGCCUUCGCCGUCGGCCCGUUCCUGGCGACCGUCAUUCAGAGCUCCAUGGUGGACAGUGCGGCUUCGCAGCAGCUGCCGUCCCAGGUGGCGUCUGGGGCCCACGACCACCGCAGCAACCACCAGCAGAGGCAGCAGGAGGCAGCCGCGCUGAUGUCAGCGCUCGACCUGGUGGCUCUCAUGGCGCAGGACCCCCAGCUCGCAGCGACCCUCUGCAAGGCGGGCGCGCUGCUGCCGCUGCUGAUGCUGCUCCCAGACCCAACCGUUGGCGCCACCGGUCCGGCUGCCGCCGCGGCCGCGCGCGUGCCAGCGGUCGUGGCGGCGCUUGUGCGCAAUGGUGGCGCGGCCGCGGUCGAGCAGCUGCGUGAGGAGGGCGCGCUCGCGGCGCUGCUGCGGUCCCUGCGUGACGCGCGGCUGCCGCCCCAGGCCAAGGAGGCAGCCCUUUUGGCCCUGGCGCGCGUCGCGUUCGUGCCCGGCGGCUGCGGCGCCAGUGGCAGCGAGGCGGCGCGUGCGGCGGCGGCGUCGGUGGCGGCGCUGCGCAGGCGUGGCGCGGUCCUGGCGGUGCGGCGUCUGCUGGUGGAGGAGGCGGCGCCGCACGGGGAGCUUGCGCGCCGCGCGCUGCACCUGCUGGACCUGCUGGCUGGAAGCGCGGCCGAUACGGGCCUCACCUGCAAUGAUGCGCCCAAACGCCCGGCAUCAGAGGUUGGGGCCACGCCAACACACGCGCGAGCGGGGUGA